UCCAGGUGGCGUUGAAUAUGUUUUGAUGGAAGAUGGAAAUAUGUCGUUCUUUGUUAUAUAUAAAUAUACGAUUAUUUCGAGUUUACUGAAUUUUUCUGUCGUUUAAAAUAUAUUUCGUAAACAAAGACGACAUUGAAUUAUAUGAAAUGUCUCAAUUUGUUAGCACUGGGAAGAAUCCUCCUUGGGCCAGGGGUACAGUUACAGCUACUGCUGCAGGAUUAGCUCAAGGACCACCUUCUGCAGUUACUCCUGCACUAGGAACAUCAAUUCUUGCUGCUCAACCAGCACAUACUCCUGCUUCUGCAGCUCCAACAUUAGCUGCUGCUGCAGUACCAACUCCAGGAUUAGCAGCUGCUGCUGCAGUAGUUGCAGCCCAAACACAACAAGCACCUCAGCAACCUCCACCAGCAAGUACUUAUGGAACAAGUUUAGCUGCUAUAAGUUUGACUCAGAGUGCUUUACAACAAGGAGCUGUUUUAUCUCAGCCUGGAAUUGCUUUGCCAGCUUCUCUUGCAUCUGCUACGCCUAGUGGGGUAGUCGUUGAUUUGGCUAGGUUACCUCAACCAGGAAUAGCUCUACCAACAACUUUAGCCACAACUCAAGUUGCUACCGUAAGUUAUCCUACACCCAGACUUCUUGGUCAGACAGCUCAGUUUCAAGCUGCCCAAGUGCAAGCUCAAGCACAAGCUCAAGCUCAAGCACAAGCUCAAGUCCAGGCUCAAGCUCAAGUUCAAGCUCAUGUUCAGCAACAAGCAGCAGUACAACAGCAACAGCAGCAGCAACAACAACAGCAGCAACAACCUCAACAACAGAUAACUCCGAAACAGAGGGUGUUUACUGGCACUGUCACCAAGUUACAUGAUAACUUUGGAUUUGUUGAUGAAGAUGUUUUUUUCCAGCUUGGUGUUGUUAAAGGAAGUGCUCCAAAAGUAGGCGAAAGAGUAUUAGUUGAAGCAGCUUAUAAUCCUAAUAUGCCAUUCAAGUGGAAUGCCACUCGUAUUCAAGUUCUUCCUAAUCAAUUAAAUGUUUUACCAUCUGCAUGUAAUCGAUCUAUGCUUGCAGCAGCAAAUACUCUUGCUGCAAAUCCUAAUGUAUCUGCUGCAGGUACAGCUAUGACAUUAGCUUUAACUCAAGGUAUUCAAAAUAAUAUUGCUGCUAUGGUUUGCCAGCCAGCUUCUGUUCAAAAUACUUUUAGAAAUGUUUCACAACUUGGUCAGUCAAUAGGUCCCUCAAGAAUAUCAAAUUCGCUACCGUCCCGACGUCAUUCUCCACCUUUAAUUAGAAGAGAUAGAGAGCGAGAACGUGAAAACAGACGUGAUGAACGUAGAGAUCGUUUUAGAGAUAGAGAAUAUGACCGAGAUCGUUAUUCCCCAAUUCCUUCUAGAAAAAGAUCUCAUUCACCAAAACGGACAAGUCAUAGUCCAGCGCGUAGAAGGCCUAGAAUCAUUAUACCAAAGUAUUCUGUACAGCUUCCUAAAAUAUCCCUUGACAUGAAAGAAGGUAAUGUAACUGAAUUCCGAAAGCGAUAUACUAAUAUGUAUAUUCCAUCAGAUUUUUGUAAUGCACAUAUUCUGUGGCAAGAAGCUUUUCCUCCUCAUCAGCCAUUUAGUCUAGAUCAUCCAUGUACAUUUCAUGUUAUGCAUAAAGACUUAAAUCCUCUUAAAGAAAAUGAUGCAGUAUUAGAACCUAAUGAUGCAGAUUACCUCUUCAGUGCAAAAGUCAUGUUGAUUUCUGUUCCUCCAAUUAAAGAAAUGUAUAAAAAGUGUUGUGCUUUAGCUGAAGAUUCUGAAGAUGCCAAAGAAACUCAUGUUCAUCCAACACGAUUAAUAAAUUUUCUUGUCGGUUUAAAGGGUAAAAAGGAAACAGUAGCAAUUGGUGGACCUUGGUCUCCAUCUUUGGAUGGUCCAAAUCCAGAAGAGGAUCCCUGUGUUUUAAUUCGUACUGCCAUUCGUACUUGUAAAGCUCUGACAGGAGUAGAUUUGAGUGGAUGUAGUCAGUGUGUUGUUAAAGGAAGUGCUCCAAAAGUAGGCGAAAGAGUAUUAGUUGAAGCAGCUUAUAAUCCUAAUAUGCCAUUCAAGUGGAAUGCCACUCGUAUUCAAGUUCUUCCUAAUCAAUUAAAUGUUUUACCAUCUGCAUGUAAUCGAUCUAUGCUUGCAGCAGCAAAUACUCUUGCUGCAAAUCCUAAUGUAUCUGCUGCAGGUACAGCUAUGACAUUAGCUUUAACUCAAGGUAUUCAAAAUAAUAUUGCUGCUAUGGUUUGCCAGCCAGCUUCUGUUCAAAAUACUUUUAGAAAUGUUUCACAACUUGGUCAGUCAAUAGGUCCCUCAAGAAUAUCAAAUUCGCUACCGUCCCGACGUCAUUCUCCACCUUUAAUUAGAAGAGAUAGAGAGCGAGAACGUGAAAACAGACGUGAUGAACGUAGAGAUCGUUUUAGAGAUAGAGAAUAUGACCGAGAUCGUUAUUCCCCAAUUCCUUCUAGAAAAAGAUCUCAUUCACCAAAACGGACAAGUCAUAGUCCAGCGCGUAGAAGGCCUAGAAUCAUUAUACCAAAGUAUUCUGUACAGCUUCCUAAAAUAUCCCUUGACAUGAAAGAAGGUAAUGUAACUGAAUUCCGAAAGCGAUAUACUAAUAUGUAUAUUCCAUCAGAUUUUUGUAAUGCACAUAUUCUGUGGCAAGAAGCUUUUCCUCCUCAUCAGCCAUUUAGUCUAGAUCAUCCAUGUACAUUUCAUGUUAUGCAUAAAGACUUAAAUCCUCUUAAAGAAAAUGAUGCAGUAUUAGAACCUAAUGAUGCAGAUUACCUCUUCAGUGCAAAAGUCAUGUUGAUUUCUGUUCCUCCAAUUAAAGAAAUGUAUAAAAAGUGUUGUGCUUUAGCUGAAGAUUCUGAAGAUGCCAAAGAAACUCAUGUUCAUCCAACACGAUUAAUAAAUUUUCUUGUCGGUUUAAAGGGUAAAAAGGAAACAGUAGCAAUUGGUGGACCUUGGUCUCCAUCUUUGGAUGGUCCAAAUCCAGAAGAGGAUCCCUGUGUUUUAAUUCGUACUGCCAUUCGUACUUGUAAAGCUCUGACAGGAGUAGAUUUGAGUGGAUGUAGUCAGUGGUAUCGAUUUGUGGAGAUCUACUAUCACCGUGGAGAAUCUGCCCACAAAGGACGUGUGGUGCCUGCGCGUGUUGAAACCGUGGUGAUUUUCUUGCCAGACGUAUGGAGUUGCCUGCCCACCCGACUAGAGUGGGAUGGCUUGACGAACAGCUACAAAAAACAGCUUCAAAAGAAUCUACAUGAGGAGAUGGAGGAUGGGAACGAGAUCCAGGAAGAAGAGACUAAUCAUGAAGAAGAGGAUGAAGAAGGAAAGAAAGAACCUACACAUCAUUCUGAACUGGAUCCAAAAACAAUGAAGGUGAAUGAUCUACGGAGUGAAUUAGAUGCAAGAAACAUGAGUACAAAAGGGCUGAAAUCCCAGUUAAUUGCACGAUUAUCUAAAGCACUGAAAAUAGAAUUGGAACGGGAAGAGAAACAAGAAUCAGAUCAUCCACUAGAGAUUGAUGAGCAAGGAGAAGAUGCAGAUAAAAAAGAAACUGAUGAUACUGAAGAUGAGCGAAAGAAGGAGGAAGAUGCUAGGAAACAAACUGAUAAAAAGGACCAGGUUUCUUUAGAUGAAUAUUAUCAAUUACCUGAAACACCUUCCAUCAUAAUACAUCCCUCUAAAACAGCAAAAAAUGGAAAAUUUGAUUGCACAGUCAUGUCUCUCUCAGUUCUUUUGGAUUAUAGGCAAGCAGAUAAUAAAGAACAUUCAUUUGAGGUAUCAUUAUUUGCUGAAUUGUUUAAUGAAAUGCUGAUGAGAGAUUUUGGAUUUACUAUUUAUUAUAAACUUGCAGAAAUUCCUGAACCAAAAAAUGAAAAAGAAGAGACUCAUAAGAAAAAAGAUGAAAAAGAUUAUGGUAGUGAUCAUGAAGAAGAAAGUGAUGAAGAUGAAGAUAAAGAAAAAAGAAAGAAAAAACACAAGAAAAAGCAAACCUGUACAGUUGAUCCAAGUCUCUUAUUAGCUUGUAUCUACUUUGAUCAAACGUAUUGUGGUUAUAUUCUUGAAAAAGAUUUAGAAGAAUUACUAUAUAUGAUUGGAUUAAAAUUAUCAAGAUCACAAGUUCGAAAAAUUUUACAGAAAACUUGUAAGAGAGAGAUGUUUUAUUAUCGUAAAAUUACUGACAGACCAUUAAAUGAAUCCGUAAAUACUCAGCACUCAAAAGAUGAGACAGUUUUAACCUAUAUUAAAAAACUUUCAACAGAAAAUCGAAAGUUUUUCCCAGUUUUUAAAACAAAACAGACUGAACCAAACAAAAAUAUAAGCAUUAAACAAGAAUGUUUAACAAAUGGAACAACAGAUAAAGAUAAAAAUAAUAAUAAUGACCAAGAUGAUUCUUCUCCCAUUGUAUUUUACCAAGGUACAGUUGUAGAUAUACAGAAACUUGUACAGCAGUUGGUGAAACGAGAAAAAGCAUGUACUGAAGCUGAACAAAGAUUACGAGAAUUAGAAUUACAAUUAAAGGAAAUGCAAGAAAAAGUGAGAGUUAGUGAAAACCAAAACAAUAAAGCUAAUAUGGACUUGAUAGAGCAACAACAGAAAUUGAAAAACACAGAAGAGGAACUGAAAAAAGUACAAUCUCAAUCAGAAAAAUAUCGAAAAGCACUAUCUAACUGUCAAGAUCAGUUGCACUCUCUUCAUUCUUCUGUACAAAGUGUCCUUCGUAGAUCGUCUUCCAGAUCUGGUUCCUCUUACAGCUCCGAUACCAGAAAUGAUAACUCUACAAUACAGUUAAAAGAAGAAACAAAAAGUGACAAUUAAUUACGACAGGUUAUAUGCCAUAUAUAUAUAUUGUACAGUGUAAUUACAGUUUAUUCAUCUCAGAAAAUCAAGCAUCAAUUGCAACCAGUGAAUUCCUUUGCACUUCAACAAAAUUUUGCACGGUGUUUUUGCCAUUCCUAAUUUUAAAAUGAGGAAUUUACCUCUUUUGUGUCAUAAAUUUGUUGAUCACAAACAUUAAAAUAACAAAUGCACACUUUGUUGUAAACAUGUUUGUAAUUAUGACAAGAUGAUAUAGAUGCCAUAUAGCUGGUAGGUAGUUAAAUUCUAUUGUUUGUUUUUUUUUUCUUU